UUGGUGUCUUCUUCCUUCUUUUUCUCGUAACAUUUUAACAAAUUGGAUUCGAAAAAUCAAGCAUGUCUGUAGCCUCUCCACUCGUCAUGCGUUCUCCGACGGGGAUAAGGAUUCACGCUCUUCUCUUCGAAGUUUCAAACGAAUGUGAGUGUUUUCAUCGGAUUUAGUCAUUCGUUAUUCAGUUGAUAUGCUUCUUCAUAAGAUACGCCCACCACGUGUUCGACGAAAUUCCUAGACCAGCUUUCAUGGCUCACAGCUAUAUGAUAGAAUCCACCUGUUAUGUGGGCUGAUUGGAGUACCUAACAGCUAGUGAGAUUCAGCGGCAAGUGGUUACCUCUUGAAAAAAAUUGGCAGCAUUCAGUUAGUGACGACCUUCUCUGUUCAAUCGGCUACUUGCUGCAUUUGUGAGCCAGUGGACGUGAAAGCCAAGGUACUUCAAUAAAAUUCAUUUCUGUAGCUGCAGAUCAUUCAUUGUGAUCUGGCUGCUUACCAAAGCAUUUUGGUCCUCCUGAUGUGAAGAUUACUGGUUAAGAUUUAUUGAUCAGAUGUGAAAGAGCGGAAAUUCAUUCUUGGCGGUUUUUUUUACCUUUCGAGGUUUCUAUUCGUGAUGAAGCAAGCAAGACGCAGAACCAAAGGACUAAUUCGUAAAGAAAAUUGUCAGCUGAAAUUUAGACCUUUUACUCAAAAAAGUCAAUGGGGGCAUUCCGAGAAUCGAACUCGGGACCUCUCGCACCCAAAGCGAGAAUCAUACCACUAGACCAAAUGCCCUGUUGUUGAUGUUUUUUAUUUUCUGCAGUUAACUCUUGGAGAAUCUGGCAGUGUUCUCUAUUCAAAACGUUAUCCAAAGACUGUUAUCUGGCUGCACAUCUCUUUCUUUGGGAAUCCGGCAGCUUACAAAGCAUGACGGUCCUCUCCAUAUGAAGUUUAUUAGCUCAAUCUCUGGCAGCAUACGAACAUGUUUGUCUUUGCUGAAUGAAUUUUACUGAUUAAAAAGACAUAGAUUAUUGGACGUGAAAUUUCGGAAAUAUACUCUUGGGGGAUUGUUUACCUUUUGAAGGUUCUAUUCGUGAUGAAGCUGGCAACAUACAUUGAAGCUGCAGAGGGGAGGUGUUGUCUGAUUGAAGAGAUCAAGUCUUUGGAUGUGAAAGCGAAACUUUGGUGUUACACCAAGUCCUUUAGUAAUCUCGAAAAUCAUUCCAAGAAUUCCAGGAGCUGAAGUCGUAGACCUAAACGCCGGACCACAUGCCCAACUCAUUGAUACCUUUCACUUAAAAAUGGUAACGAUCUGGUCCUUUGUUUGUUGAAACGUUAAAAUCAUCGUUUAAGAGCAAGUAGUGUUGUUUCUAAUCUGCUCAUGCUUAAAUUUGGUAAAUGAUUAAUGUUCAAUUGUUGAAAUCUGAAGCUCAUUGAUAAUUCACAGCGACGUCAUUGCCUCAUCGGGCAUGUAAGCAAAGGUAUGUUAAAGUUCUGGAAACAUGUGAUUUGACCAUAGAGCUAUACCAAAUUCUUGGUUAUUGACUACUUUUGUUAAGAUCAUAUAGAAUCCCCAAUAAAAGUCCAUUGGCAAUUGAUUUCUUGUCGCCUAACUUAUAUUAAUAUGGAUUUAAUCUAUCUCUAUAGGUUUGGCUUUACUAGCCUAAAUUUAUGUCUAGUACUAUUAGUUGACUUUGAGGGCUUACAGUGAAUGUGAUUUGUCUGUAAUUUCUAAUAGUUGUUGAAACAUUACACAAAACCACAAAAUCUUGAAUUGCUGAAUGUUUAUCUAUAAAAGAUCAAUAAAAUAUCUAAAAUUCAAAUUUAUAUGUAAAAUUUUGUUACCUGAAAUUUAGUCCAUAAGAUAUAAAAGUAAAUAUUGAAAAAAUAUUUAUAAGAUUUUCUAAGGGAGAUAAAAUAUUACAUUGGCGUGAUAAAAAUCCGGAGACAUUAAAGUAGAAAUACAAAUACGUAAAACACAAAAACCCUAGAACAAAAGAUUAUGAUUCGUGUGUGACGUAAUCGAGAAGGAACCUUAAAAACGUCAGUGAUAUUUUUAUUUUUUCCCGUCUCUUAAAAACGGCAGUGAUAACAUUAAAUUGGGAUGGCUUGAGUUUGGUGUUACAUCCAAAUCCGGUUAUAUAAAUAUAGGGUUAAACUGUUGUGUGCGAAUCAAAAGAGAGAAAAUAGGGCACAUGAGUUAGAGGUGAGUCUCCUAAUAAUCCUAACAAACUAAUAACAUAUGCCUUCCUACAAUAACUCCUCCGGUAGUCUCGCCCUGGCCGUUUCUCUUCUCUUUGCCGGCGCCUUAUAUAUCUGUUUCUCAUCACGUUCAGCUUCUGACCCUAUCUCCGAUGGCCUACACAAUGUAGACACUAGAUGGACAGAGUAUCCGGUGGACGAGCUAGAGGCGGUCCUAGACCAGGCAGCGACGGGAAACAACAAGACGGUGAUAAUAACAAUGGUGAACAAAGCUUACGUAGACGAGGUUGGAGGAGGGAGGACGAUGAUGGAUCUGUUUUUGGAGAGUUUUUGGGAAGGAGAGGGGACUCGGCCGCUUCUUAACCAUCUGAUGGUAGUGGCAGCAGAUCAGACGGCCUACGAUCGCUGCCUCUUCAGGAGGCUCCACUGCUACAAGAUGGAUACGCAAGGGGUUGACUUGGAGGGAGAGAAAGUAUACAUGUCAAAAGAUUUCAUUGAGAUGAUGUGGAGGAGGACUCGCUUGCUCCUAGACGUCCUCAGCCGCGGCUACAAUCUUAUUUUCACGGAUACGGACGUGAUGUGGCUAAGGAGCCCUUUUUCCCGGCUAAGCAACAACGAGAGCUUGGAUAUGCAGAUAAGUGUGGACAGUAUUGGCGUGGGAGGACACCUGAUCAACACGGGAUUCUACCACGUCCGGUCCAACAACAAGACCAUCUCCCUCUUCCAGAAAUGGUACGACAUGAGGCUCAAGUCGACGGGCAUGAAGGAACAAGACGUCCUUAAGCAGCUCCUCGACUCCGGCUUCUUUGACCAGCUUGGCCUCAACGUUGGCUUCCUCAACACUACCGAAUUCAGUGGCUUCUGCCAAGACAGCCCUGACAUGGGCGUUGUCACCACCGUCCACGCCAACUGUUGCCGCUACAUCCCUGCUAAGAUAUCUGAUCUCACUCUUGUUCUUCAUGACUGGAAACACUACAAAGCCUCCCGUGUCAACAGCAAGUGGAGCCCCCAUGUUGAGUGCAGGCGUUCAUGGAGUGAGGCACACUACAUCCCCAAGAUCCCCAAGCUCUGACCUUCUUCGUUCAUAGAUGCAAAUUAUAUAAUGAGAUUUCUAAAGUAUACACAACUCCAUUAUCUUUUAUUAAGUACAUAUCUUCUUUAGAUUAAUCCUAGCUAGCGAGCUAGAGGAGCAAAUCUCUUUUGACAAGUAAUUACAAAACAUCUGAUAUCUGUGUUACAACAAGAUUGUUUUUCGCACUUAGUUCCAGCUACACGAAUAA